AUGGCGCAUGCUUCUGCCGCGCUGUCGUUUUCUGAGUUAAUAGAAGGAUUUACUAAAACAACUCAAGGCGACGAUACCACUCGUAUUGAGUAUUUAGAGUCCCUUGACGAGCGGUUGUGUUCGCCAGUUCCUGCUUCUGAUGUAAAGAUACUUGAACACUUAAAGCGCAGCCUUUUGGAGGGCGAGUUGCAAGCUGCUAAUAGCGACAACGCAUCGGAGCUGCACGCAGCCAGAUGGAAGCUUCUCACAAAGAUAGUACGUGCUUGUGGUGUUAAGAUCAGCUUUAUCGAUCAUGAAUUGCAGGCGUUAUUGAGUUUAAUGCUCACGGAGCGAUUCGAGGCGAAUAAUGUGCUGACUGCCAUGGCUCAAUGGCUGGUGGAAAUGAGGAACAAUCACAUAUUGACGAUUGCAAACUUGUUAGAAAUGAAAUUUUCACAACAAGAUGAAAGAAGUUCCCUUUUGCAUCUAAUCAAGCAGAUGUAUGUGACGUUGAGACGCCCACGUCUUCGACAGGAGCUUGCUGAAGUCUUAGAAAAUCUUGUGACAUCGAAAGACACAGCUAAGGAAAUCAUUGCGUCUGGGAUGCUGCGAUGUCUUUUGCUAGUCGCUUUAGAGCAACCGGACGAGAAAGAAUUGCUGCAAAGCUUUAAUUUUGUGGGAACGCGAGUCGCGUCAUUCGUUUGUGUCGAAUUUAAGUCUGCUAUCGAUAAAAUGAAGUGCGAUGUUAUGUUGGUCGAUGAAAGGAAUCGGUUUGCCUGUGAAUUGGUAGUAGCACUUGGGUUGAGCAAAAUGUCACUUGUGUUUGCAGACGCAGUACGCAUGUUGCAGUUGUUGGCAGAUAACACCGCGUACCGAUCGUUGCUUCCUGCAGUCCAAGAUCUACGUGGAUUUCUGGAAAAGGCCCAGACUUUAGCAAGAGUAGGGAGUCACAUCGUUAAUCAGGACGAGUACCUGAAAAAAUUGUGUCAGACUCAGUACAUACUCCUGAGUCCCGAAAUUGACACAUACGAGCGUGUACACGGAAGCGUUGUAGGAUUACCAUUAAACGACGAUAUUGGUUACGAUGGCAAAGGAGCAGAAGAGGCUUUAAUGCUAGCCUCAAACUAUAAAUCACAGGGCAACGUGUUAUUUCGUCGUGGCAACUAUCCAACAGCACGAGCUUUUUACCAGCGUGCGGUUGCAGUGCUUAAAGCAGCACAGUUGCACGAAGAAAGUUUGCUUCGAGCACUAUCUAGUGACCAACUACUGAAACGCUGCAGCAUAGGCACCAGUGUGCAAGUUUGUUCACGUGUAGGGGGCGAUUGGCAAAAUGCGAUGGUCUCCGAUAUUGACGAAGGCGCUUCUAGCCAAGUCGAAGUAAUAUAUGAUGCAGGCAACAGAGAAGAUGAGUGGAUACCAAUCUCUCGAAUACGGCUGCGCAUGAAUACGAUGCUACUGAGCUCAUUUGAUGACCUUGCGGUAGAUUGCUUUAUGAACAUGGGGAAAUCGUCUUCUGCUCUUGGCGAUCACAAUCCAGCAAUUCAGUGCUACACUCACGCGCUAAAUCUUCGCGGCGGCAAAUUUGUAGCAGCACUGUAUUUUCGUGGAGUGGCUUAUAUGGCGCAACGUGAGCUUACGGCUUCACAGCAAGAUCUUUGGAACGCCAAUCAGCAGUGCCGCCUACAACAGAAGAGUAGCAAAGGCGGUGGUACGAGUGAGACCAACACGAAAGAUGCGAUUCAAAUGCGUGCUUUAAACAAAAGAAUCUCAGACGCGUACAAGAAACUUCAGGAACUGCACGCAAAAAAAAAGAAACUUGACAAGAAGGUCGUCAAGCAGAUGCUAAGAUAUUUGUCUUCAGUUCCGGAACUUCAAGACCAGUCAUAUUCCUCUAACUAG